GGAAGCGAACCACUGAGAUGCGGAGACCUCCUCGGUCCUAGAGCGGAGCAGGAAGUGUCCCAGGGGAGGGAGCCGGAGGGCUCCGGCCUUUCCUUUCGGCGGCGGCCCGGCCUGCGCGGCCCGCCAACGGGGACGCGGCGCGGCGGCGGCGGAUCCCUCCUGCCCCCAAGCCGAGCUGCCGCCUUCUGGAUGAUCCUGAGACGGGAUCUGGCCUGGCCAGGGACGAAGUCUGGCCCAUGCCCAGGAGUCACCUCGACCGGGAUUCCCGGGAGACAGGGCAGGAACGCGUGCGGCUGUUGCCCUGGAGCCCCGGGCUUCGAGGUGAGGAGCACGAGCUGGUCCACCUGGAGGCCGCUCAGUUUGUAAAGGUCUCAAUCACAAGGACAGUGAGUUUGGCUUCAGAGCUUCAAGAGAGCAGUCUGCUGGGGACAUCUUCCAGGAGGACCUGUCCACUAAAGGGUCGUCUUCUGCUGCUGACCCCCAUCAAAUCCCAUCAUGCCCACAGCCCUGUGCCCCCGAGUCUUGGCUCCGAAGGAAAGUGAGGAGCCCAGAAAAAUGCGGAGCCCUCCUGGAGAGAACCCUGGCCCCCAGGGCGAGCUGCCCAGCCCAGAGUCCUCCCGUCGCCUCUUUCGCCGCUUUCGAUACCAGGAGGCAGCAGGACCUCGAGAGGCCCUUCAGCGCCUCUGGGAGCUGUGCCGGGGCUGGCUGCGGCUCGAGAGGCACACCAAGGAGCAGAUCCUGGAGCUGCUGGUGCUAGAGCAGUUCUUGGCCAUCCUGCCGUGGGAGAUUCAGAGCUGGGUGCGUGCCCAGGAGCCCGAGAGUGGCGAGCAGGCUGUGGCCGCGGUGGAGGCCCUGGAACGGGAGCAGGGGAGACCCUGGCAGUGGCUCAAGCACUGUGAAGACCCAGUGGUGAUUGACGACGGGGAUGGGCCUCAGGACCCAGAGCAGGAACGGCUGCCAGUGGAACCUCAGGGUAACCUUGAUGUCCAACCAGUGGCCCUGGCACAGGGCACAGGGCUCCUAAGCAGGCCACCAGGACAACCCAGUGAAGACACAGGUUCGCAAGAUGUUUUCCUUCUUCAGGAGCAGAGUGGGAGGGAUGCCCAGCCAGUGGCCACCUGCCAGCUGCCUUCGAACCGAGUUUCUCCAUUUAAGGACAUGAUCUUGUGCUUCUCUGAAGAGGACUGGUCUCUUCUGGACCCAGCCCAGACGGGCUUCUACGGAGAGUUCAUCAUUGGGGAAGACUGUGGCGUCUCCAUGCCUCCAAACGAUCCAGCAGCCCAGCAGGACCUCUCCCCAGGAGAGGAGAAUGGGCCACGGGUUCCAGAGCUGCAGGACCUUCAAGGCAAAGAAGUGCCUCAGGUCUCCUGCUUGGACUUUCCCAGUCUCCAGCCAUUGCAGGUGGAAGAAAGAAGGAAGUGGGAAGAGCUGCAGGUGCCUGAGCUCCAGGCUUGCCAGCAAGUGGCGCUCUCUCAAAGCCCCUGCCCAGCAGGAGGUGACCCACCACCCCUACAGAACGUCCUGGAUCAGGAAGUGACUAUUGAGAUCGUGCUGUCCAGCUCUGGGGACGAGGACUCCCAGCACGGGCCGUACUGCAGGGACGAGCUGAGCCCCGCGGAGAAGCAGCGCGGCCUCCCCACCCGCCAGAGUGCCGCCGAGGUGGGGGGCAAGGGUCAGGGCUCCCAGAAGUCCUACGUGUGUCCGAACUGUGGCAAGAUCUUCCGCUGGAGAGUCAACUUCAUCCGGCACCUGCGCAGCCGCAGAGAGCAGAAACCGCACGAGUGCUCCGUGUGCGGGGAGCUGUUCAGCGACAGCGAGGACCUGGACGGGCACCUGGAGAUCCACGAGGCCCAGAAGCCCUACAGGUGUGACACCUGCGGGAAGAGCUUCCGCCUCAACUCCCACCUGCACUCCCACCAGCGGAUACACCUGCAGCCGGACAGAACGCAGCCGCCGGUGCAGAAGAGGGAGGAGGGGGCGUCCGAGGCCGAGGGAGGGGGACCCGACGCCCUGCUGGAGAAGAGCAAGGCCAAGCUGAGCCUCCAGUGUGCGGACUGCGGGAAGGGCUUCCAGAGGCACGACCAGCUGGUGCGGCACCGCAGCCACAGCCACCUGAAGGAUGAGUCCCGCCCCUUCCGCUGUCGGUACUGUGUCAAGAGCUUCCAGCAGAACUACGACCUCCUGCGCCACGAGCGCGUGCACAUGAAGCGCCGCUCCAAGCAGGCCCUGAACUCCUACUGAGCCCUCCCCGCUCCUGCCCGGGGCCCGAGCCCGAGCCCGCAGCCGGCCCUCGGCUCUCAGGUAGCAUUUGACUUCGGUUUCUGUUGGUGCCGUGUCUCCUCCCCAGACGAGAGUGACCCCUUGAGCAUUCCUCGUGUUUCUGCUGUGCCAAAACCCAGGGAGGCAAAGCAGUGCCCACCUCAGGGCCUGUGUGCCAGGGUCUUCGAGACCCGCACCCCCCCUCCCCCCCACCAAGGCUGCAGCCCUGGCCUGUGGGAACACCAGACCUGGAAGGUCCAGGGCAGGCAGCAGGAAGGCAGGGUGGGACUCGGGGGGCCAAGUCCUGUCCUCUGAAUUCAUCCCCAGGUCACCUUGUCCAAGUGAGGGCCCCACAGACUCAGCAUUUCAGGAGGCCCUAGGGCUUGUGGUCUGCUGGGGGCUGUCACGAGACCUCACUUGCCCUGCCCGCUGAUUAAGUAGGAUCAGGAGCCCCAGAGCAAAGCUUACAUUUUAAAAGAUCCCACACCAUCCCCAAUGUGUCUUCAUACCCCAAAAGUCUUUGGCAAAUGUGACAUGGAAGCUGCACUGUCGCCGUCUAACAGCCUCUCUAGUUCCUCCCCAAUGCUGUCUAGCAAUGUGGAGCGCUUCAGCCCCCGGAGGGCGCUUCUGCCAGGUGAGCCAGGCCGUGCUGCAGAAGCUUCCUGGCAGUGUGCCCCAUGGGUUGGCGUCACUCUCCUUCGCUGUUAAAGCUGAUACCCAGUUUGGGAUGGCUUCUAACAAAAGGCGUGUGUUCUGUCAUAGUUCCCGGGUCUGCAAGGCUAAGGGCAGGCGUUGGCCUGUCCUCAGGCCCUAAGAAGAAUGUGGUGCAGGCCUCUUUCCUGGGUCUGGUGAUGGCUGGCAUUUGCCUUGUAGAAACCCCUCUAGUCUUUGCUUUCGACUUCACUUGGCACUCUUGUCUUUGUGUCUCCCCAAAUGUCCCUUUGUGUAAGGGUGUGAGUCUGGAUUGGGGCUCAUCCAGCCCACUCCAGCAGAGCCUCACCUGCAUCUGGGGUGGCUGUUUCCAAGUAGAGCCCCAUGCCAAGGUACUGGGGAUAAAGCCUGCAACCCUGGGCUCAAGGGGACGCAGUUCAAGCCGUAACUCCCGAUAAUCCGUGGUGCUGCUGUUGUUCCUGACUCAAUGAGUCAGCACACACCUGUUAGCUCACUUGCCCUUGGGCUGAGAGUAGAGGACCCGGACCCAGGUGUCUGUUCUUGGGGCUACUGUCAUCAGCAAGGGACAUCGUCAUCCAUGGCCUUAAGGUUCAGAGCCUGAGGUUCUGGACUGUGAGUGACUGGCAGUAAAAAAAAAAAAAAAUCUCAAGCAAUCAAAAAUGUGGUCUAGUGUCCUGGCAGAGUGGCUGUGUUGGCCAGGCUCAGCAACCAGGUGGGUUUGCCUGGACCACGGAGCUUCGGCCGUCGGGUGGUUUGCAGAGCAUGCCAGCAGACAGGAGGCCUGGGGAACCAACACAGGUCUCUAGUGCUUCGUGAUUUUCAUAUCGAGAAGCCUCUACCCUCAGUCCAGUCAAGGGGUUUUUAGACUUUGUAAUGAAAUUUCUACUUCUGGGUCAUUGCAUUACCCAGGAAUAGUAAAUGCAAUAAAACUAUUUGGUCCUGCCUUGAACCAGAAAUAAACUAUUGAAGGUCUUAGUUUUUA